AUGACAUUUUCCCGGCAUAUACCCGACGCCCAGAUCGUCAUCUCAACCACCGAGACUAAGAAGCUCGACGUCCCAAGUCCGCCGCCAAAGUGCUGCGUCACGUAUCUUACAAGACUCAUCAGAGAAGUUAAGAGAAAGGGGAGGUUGCUUCUGUCGGCAACAGCGGCGCGAAGACAGGAGAGCUCGUUGCAAUGUCGGUACAAUCCAAUGAGCUAUUCACUCAACUUUGAUGGUGGUGCGUGUGGUACACUUCCCGAUGAUGCGGAUAAUUAUUUCCGGUGCUAUGCGUUUUCUUCAAGAUACCUUACUACUACUGCUAUCAAGAAUAGACCACCAUUUCUUUGUGAAACCCUCUCCACCUCUUUACAUGAAGUCGUGUAA